AUGCCUGGAGGUGUCUGUGCUGUCCUUGACUACGAGGUCGACCAAAUGGCCGAGUUCGUUGCCGAGAUGGCAACCCGUGUGGUCAUGCCCUUGUCGACCACCGCUGUCACGCCCCCUUUCCGCAAGUUUGUCUCGCAGAUCCUGUCUUCCACGAGACUGCCCAAGAGCACCAUCCUCCUCGGAAUGAACUACCUUGCGAAGCGGGUCAAUACGCUCAAGCAGAACAACCCUUCGUACACGGUACCUGAGGGCCAGGUUUGGCGGAUGUUGACGGUGUCUCUGUUGCUUGGCAGCAAGUUUUUGGACGACAACACCUUUCAGAACCGCUCUUGGUCUGAGGUAAGCGGUAUUCCCGUCGCCGAGCUCAACGCUCUGGAACAUGAGUGGCUAGAGCAGUCUGGUUGGUGCCUAUACGUCAACCUAGACUACAGCGCGGAUUACAAGGCUUGGCUCACCAGCUGGGAUGACUGGAAGGUCCUCAAGGACCAGGCCACUGCCAGAGCCAACCGGGAGAGACUUGUGCCUGCCAUCGAUACCAACAUGAAUCGUUAUGGUGGACGGUCCGCAUACCAUACGUUUGUUCAGCAGCAGGCGGCUGAAUAUGAGCGCUACGAGGCCAUCAAGCGCAACGAGCUUGCCCACCAGCAGGCCUACGGCAACUGGAACUGGCAGUCCGCCCCGCUCACUCCACCGGAUUCUGGUUACGGCACCCCCGAGUACAUCAACUCGGCUACCUCGGCCAACGCCCGGUACAAUGACUGGUUUUCCCAGGCAGCUGCUAGCGCCCAGUGGAACACCCGUUACCAACAGCCAUCUCACAACUAUUACGGUCAUCGCCACAACCAGCAGACCUUCUCUGGACAUUACAGCUACCCGCAAAACAUAUGGGAGCAUGGUGUUGCCGAGUGUAGUUGUGCGAAUUGCGUCGGGCCCACUGUCAAGCCGCCCGCCUAUUUUGCGCACCCCGGCUUCGGUCAGCCUGUCAUGGGCUGA